GCAGCUGAUUGUGGCAGACCGGCAAGUGGCAUUUUUUAGUACAUUUAAAUGCGCAUAAACACAUAUUUGAGAAUGGCAUUAAAAUAUAUUGAUAUUGGUGCUAAUCUAACGGAUUCCAUGUAUCAAGGCUGCUAUGGCGGCUCUACUAAACAUCCAGCGGACUUGGAUAUUGUAUUAGAACGAGCGUGGCAGAAUGGACUACAAAAGAUAAUUAUCACUUCUGGCUGCGUUAAAGAUGUGGAUGAAUCACUGGAGCUAGCUGCCAAGGACGAACGCCUGUACACAACAGUCGGUGCCCAUCCCACACGCUGCGGCGAAUUCCUAUCCGAUCCGGCGAAAUACUAUAACGAUUUACGUUCGCGAAUCAAGGCGAACUCGGAGAAGGUAAUUGCUGUGGGUGAAUGUGGCUUAGACUAUGAUCGACUGCACUUCUGUGCAAAGGAAACACAGUUGGAGUACUUUGAGAAACAGCUCACCUUGGCAGAAGAAUUCCAAUUGCCGCUCUUUCUGCAUAUGAGAAAUGCUCACGAGGAUUUUAUGAAGAUUCUCGAGCGUAAUCGUGAGAAGCUCGAGGCCUGUGGCGGCGGAGUAGUGCACAGCUUUACAGGCACAUUAGAGGAGGCGAAGAGUCUGUUAGACUUUGGUGGUCUGUAUAUCGGUGUGAAUGGCUGCUCGUUGAAGACCAAGGAGAAUCUGGAGGUAGUACAGCAGCUGCCUAAUGAGCGGAUUAUGCUGGAAACAGAUUGCCCCUGGUGUGGCAUACGACCCACCCAUGCGGGCCAUCAGUAUGUGAGCACCAAAUUUCCUACAGUCAAGAAGAAGGAGAAAUGGACUAAAGAUGCCUUAAUUGAUGGUCGCAGCGAGCCAUGUCAGAUUAGUCAAGUUCUCGAGGUCAUAGCAAGCAUCAAACAGCAGCCCAAGGAGCAGCUCGCAGAGAUCUACUAUCAAAAUACAUUAGAUUUGUUUUUUAAAAGAUCCAAAUAAAGAAA